AUGAAAGUCAUCAUCAUUGGCAGCGGGCUUGCUGGCCCGGUCCUAGCACUUGCGUUGAAACAGCGCAAUAUAUCGUGCAAGAUCUUCGAGGCUCGCGACAAAGCUGCCUUCGAAGGAGGAUUCGUUGCCCUUGCACCCAAUGCCCUUCGUGCCCUCGACCGCGUUGGUGUCUACGACCGGAUCUCCAACCAAGGAUGGAACUAUGAAGAAUUCCAAUUCGUUUCGUCCCGUAACUUGGGCAGAAUUGCCACGAUCCUCAAUGGCAGCCAGAACAAGUACGGCUAUCGCGCGCUUAGAAUAUCCCGAGGCGUUGUCCGACAGACUCUGCUGGAGGUCUUGAGGGAGCAACAGAUCGACAUUCAGUACGGGUCCAAAUGUGUCAAGAUCGAGGAAACCGACCAUUCGACUGUCGUUGCCACGUUUGCCGACGGCCACACCGAGGAGGCCGACAUCUUGAUCGGUACCGACGGCAUCCAUUCUCGAGUCCGAAACUACAUCGAUGCAUCAGCGAUACCGACUUUCAGCGGCCAGAUGGGCGUGGGUGGCUCUCUCCCCAAGAUGAAACUUGGUCCAGAAGCGAACACCGUUUACAUGCCAUGCAUGGUGCUAGGAAAGUUGAAUUCCUUCGCAUUCAUGCCGUGCGACUACAACGGCACGCGAAUCGGAUGUUUCGCGACGAUCGAGAGCCAAGAACGAACGCGAGAGGAGUGGAACAAACUGCAAUCGGAUAAGGAUACACUCCAAGCAUACAUGCGGUCGCACCACGAGCACGAACGCUGGCCGGAGAUCGUGCACCGGGCGAGUGAAAACGUCGACAAGGACACACUCACCCUGUGGCCGUACUACAGCGUGCCGAAGCUCGAGUCCUGGAGCAGCGCGUCCGGGCACGUGGUGGUGAUCGGGGACGCGGCACACGCGAUGCCGCCGCACGGCGGACAAGGGUCGGCGAUGGCAUUCGAAGACGCGCUGACGCUGGCCGACACGCUGUCGCGGAUCAUGGACGACCGUACGACGACGAAAGACGGCGCAUCCGCAUCCGAAUCCGAAUUCGAAUCCGACCUCGACCUCCCACACGCCCUGCGGCCCUGGCAGACGGCCCGGCAAGCGCGCAUCGAGAAGAUCCUCGCCUUCACGGCCCGCAGCGGCGACACCAGGAAGGCCUCGGCCAGCACCCUACGCCAGAUCUUCAAGGAAUGGGCCAUGUGGGCUUACUUCCUGUGGGUCGGUGAGGAUGCCGGUCUGUCGUGGAUCUACCAUUACGAUACCAAUGCAGAAACGUUUGGGAAGUCGUGA